AUGAAACGUAGGUUAUGCGGAAAGAGAUCAGGAUGCCUUGAGGAUCAGGCUAUUUUCUGGCAAUUGUGCUGUGACGUUAAGACUACAAACCGUUAUAAAUGGCCUAUUUGCGAGAUUGACUUGUCGUUUAAUUUCAUUGUAGCGUCAAACCCAAGAAGACUCGAGGCUGUAAUCGCUUCCAAGGAUGCUUCAACAAAGUACCGAGUAAAGGGUCUGAAUACUUAUGCUGCUGUAGCAGAGUUUGUGUUUGUUCCGUGUGGGAGAGUAUUUCAUCUGCAGGACAACUCCACCAAGGAUCACUACUGCAGGGUGUCCAGUGACAAUGAGGACAUCCAGGGACAAGACUGUGUGGAGGAAAGUGUGUUCAGGAAGCUGAAGAAUGACUGGCAGAUGGUGUAUCUAGCUCGUACAGAGGGCUCAUCAUCAGGGAACAUCAGAUGGAAAUUGGACUGUGCUCCUGUAGGGAUGAAGAUAAAGACUGUCUCAGUCAGAACAUGCAGCCAGACCUUUCACUCUGGAACCGGCCGCUGGGGUCUGCAGUCUGGACAGAACACAACAUCGUUCUCAGGAGGUGGAUGGAGAUGCAUUCUGUUCCGGGUCUUUCUUGAUCCUUGGAGCUGGUCAUGGAGGCGGAGCUACCCGGAGGAGAGGGAGAGUCGUCAUGGCAACACUCCCAGAUGUUCCGGCGGGCUUUGAAUGAGCCGAAGGAAUCCUCGUUUGAAAUCCUCGUCAAGAUGGAGGAGGACUACGCUUAAUGAGUGUGUUCGAUCGCUUUGAGCAAGGUGCUACGUUGGUUUGCUAAUCUUAAUAAAGCAAUGAGUAGUUAUUUUGGGAUGCAA